AUGGCUUCUGGCGAGAGCCCAAAGUCACCGCGGACAGUCAAAGACACGUCGGGCAUAUCGUACGUGAUGAAGAAGCAGCAGGAGAAGGCUGCUCUGAGGAAACGAUUGGAGAGCGUGGAGGCAGAGCUGAACGAAGCUAAGGGGAAGAACCAAACCAUCCUCCUGGAGAUGGAGAAACUUCGAAACCGACUGCAAGCUCGGCACACCGUCCGCGAGUCCUCCGCCAACCAGAUAGAGAGUUUGAAUGCCGAGGUCGUCCGGCAGGAGCAAGAGAUCAGGGAGCUGCGGAGAAGAAACGAGCAUCUUGACGCACGAUUGCGACAGGUGCUGGAGAAGAGUCAGCAGGACGCAAGGCUCCUUGUCGAAGCGCGGGAUGAGUUGGAAUGGUGGAAGCGAAUGGACGGGGAAAGGGAGGCGGUGCUGAAGGAGCGGGAGGAGGCAGUGAAGAAGCAAGCGGUGCUGCAGCAGGCGGAGCUGAUCCGAGACAAGGAGAGCGUAGCUGUCUCCCUCUCGAAGCUGCGGACCAUGCAGGAUUACCUGGUGGUGAGGGAGCACAGGGUGAAGAAUUUCUUCGAGAGCUUUCGAGCGAGAGUCAUCUGGCAUCGACCUAUCCUGAGAAUGUGGGCGGAGCUGGCGAAGCUGAAGAGGCCAGAAGCAGCAGACGCAAGGGAGGCAUGCUCGACCAGGAAGAUGAAGAAAAGCGAUCCGAUCAAGUCCAGAUGA